CCCUCCUCCAAACCCAAAAAAAUAAAAUAAUAAAAAAAGCUCAUGCCUUGUCGGCGAUUCUUCGCUCGCCGGACCCUGACUCGCCUCCACUCCACUCCUCUCCCUCUCCAAUGACCUCUACUUAGGAUCUUUUCUCUUUCGGAGCUUUUUUUUUAAUAAUUUUCUAUUUAUCAAUUUGUUUCUCUCUGGAAGUGUAAUCGAGCUCAGUUAAAGAGUGGGAGAUGUACGUAGUGCCGCCGCCACCGUCUAAGCGAUCGGAUCCGGGUUCCUCCGGAGAUUUACGGGUUUACCAAACCUGGAAAGCCAACAAUAUAUUUUUCCUUCAAGGGAGAUUUAUAUUUGGUCCGGAUGUAAGAUCGCUGGGGCUCACUAUAUUGCUUAUUCUUGUUCCGAUCAUCAUUUUCUGCGUCUUUAUUGCCAGGAAGUUGAUGUAUGAUUUUUCUCAUCACUGGGGGAAAUCAAUAAUGGUGGUUGCUGUUGUAUUAACUGCUUAUGAUUUAGGUUUUCUUCUUCUAACUUCUGGAAGAGAUCCUGGUAUAAUUCCGCGCAAUGUUCACCCUCCUGAACCUGAAGGAUUUGAUGGUAAUACAGAUGUUGGGGCUUGCCAAACUCCACAAUUACGCAUACCACGCAUUAAAGAAGUUGACGUUAAUGGGAUCACAGUGAAGAUCAAGUAUUGUGAUACUUGCAUGCUUUAUAGACCUCCUCGCUGCUCACACUGUUCAAUCUGCAAUAACUGUGUUGAACGAUUUGAUCACCACUGUCCUUGGGUUGGGCAGUGUAUUGGACUGCGUAACUAUCGGUUCUUCUUCAUGUUUGUCUGCACAACAACCCUUCUUUGUAUAUAUGUUUUUGCUUUCUGCUGGGUCUACAUCAGAAGGAUCAUGGAUUUGGAGGAGACAACCGUUUGGAAAGCGAUGAUCAAAACCCCUGCCUCCAUUGUUCUGAUAAUCUACACUUUCAUAGCAAUGUGGUUUGUUGGUGGUCUGACUGCCUUCCAUUUGUAUCUGAUCAGCACAAAUCAGACAACAUAUGAGAAUUUUAGAUAUAGGUAUGACCGUCGAGCCAACCCGUAUAACAAAGGAGUGGUUGAAAACUUCAAGGAGAUAUUUUACUCUAGCAUUCCCCCAUCCAGGAACAAUUUCAGAGCAAAGGUGCCCAAGGAACCUGCAUUACCUACUCGAACUGCUGGUGGGGGUUUUAUGAGUCCAAACAUGGGAAAAGCUGUAGAUGACAUAGAAAUGGGUAGGAAGACGGUAUGGGGAGAUAUGGGGACAGCAGCUGAUCAUUGUGAAGAGCAACUCACUGGCAAUGAACGAGUGAAUGUUAAGGAGGGUGAAUUGGGAGAAUUGUCGCCAGACAUUAGAACUGCUGUGGAUGACAUGGAGCGUCCUGGAGUACAUCCCAGGAGAUCUAGUUGGGGUAGAAAAAGUGGAAGCUGGGAAAUGUCACCUGAAGUGCUUGCUUUGGCAGCUAGAGUGGGGGAUGCAAACCGUGCUGGUGGUGGAGGGACCAGUAGCAACUUGACAACUGAGAACCGGCAUACAUAGCUCUUGCUGCUCUAGAAGACUAGAGAAAACGUAACAAGGGUUGAUUUGUGAAAUGAAGUGGCUAUAUUCGAGGUUAACAUGAAGGUUAGUCAAGGUUUGGCUUACAUUAUAUGCAAUAUUGUGACUUUUUGUGUUGUCAGGGUGUUCUAAAGCGUUGGUUUGACCCUUGUGCUUUUAGGAAGGAAUGGUUUGUACUUUGUUGUUGUACUAAAGCAAGCUGUUUUAGUUUCGAUUUUUUGUGGAAAUUAGUUGACUAUCUUAUCUAAUUGUAUUGAAUUUGUGGAUUCAUUUUUAGUGUGAAAUAGAAGCUUUAGUGCCUG